UGCGUUUCUAAAGUUUACGUGUUAUAUGUGUGGACUUUUAGGAUUAGUAAAUACGAAAUCCAUACAAAUAAAUUUAACAAUUGAAGGAAGAAAUUGUAUAAUACUUGGAGUAUUACACUUUAUACAUCAAAUUCAAAGUAUUUUUUAACAGUGACAAUUAAGACACUGCACGACAUAAUAAUGUCGCUGACAAAAAGAAAACGUUCAAUGGAAAAAGAAGAAUUGCUUGAAAAUGGCGAUACAUCUUCAAAUACCGGCCAAAGUAACAUUAAAGGAGAUGAAAUCAAUAUAGCUGUGCUUUUAUUUUUAUAUACUCUUCAAGGUAUUCCCUUGGGACUAGCAGGAGCAGUUCCUAUGUUAUUACAGAAUCGAGGAAUAACAUACACACAACAGGCUGAGUUUAGUUUUGUGAAUUGGCCCUUUAGUGUAAAACUGCUCUGGGCUCCAAUAGUAGAUGCUAUAUUUUGGCCUGAAUUUGGGAGAAGAAAAACAUGGCUUGUGCCAGUACAAUAUCUCAUUGGUAUUGGCAUGAUCAUAAUGUCCAGCAGUAUGACAGAAUGGCUUGGAUCGGAUGAAAAAGCUCCCUCUAUGACAAUUCUCACUGUAUCAUUUUUAUUGCUUAACUUCUUAGCAGCUACUCAAGAUAUUGCAGUCGAUGGUUGGGCUUUAACUAUGCUGAAAAGACGUAAUGUGGGCCACGCCUCCACAUGUAAUACAGUAGGGCAAACAGCAGGAUUCUUCCUUGGCUAUGUCUUAUUUUUGGCAUUGGAAUCUCCAUACUUUUGUAACAAAUAUCUCAGAACCAUACCUGAAGAAACCGGUCUUGUGACACUGGCUAGUUUUCUUUUAUUCUGGGGCUGGGUAUUUAUUGUUACAACAACAAUUGUUGCAAUAUUAAAACAUGAAGCCAAUGACCAAAUUGAGCCAAAGGAAAGUCAACCAAAGGGCAUGAAAGACAUUGUAAAUGCAUAUAAACAGCUCUUAACUAUUGUAAAGCUACCGGCAGUGAAGACUUUAGCUCUGGUGCUAUUUACUGCUAAGCUUGGCUUCUGCGCAAGUGAUGCAGUAUCAGGCUUGAAGCUUGUUGAGGCAGGAGUUCCUCGAGAGGACUUGGCACUACUGGCCGUUCCAUUAGUCCCAGUUCAAAUUAUAAUGCCAGUGAUUCUUGCAAAACACACAACAGGACCUGCACCACUGUCUCUGUGGUUGCGUGCUUUUCCACUACGACUAUUAGUUGGCCCCUUGGCAGCUGGUCUUGUUGCUCUUACACCAAGCCUCCUUGGUGACUCUGGCCCUUCAUAUUCUUAUCUAUUUGUUUUGAUGCUACUUUAUGUCUUCCAUCAGACCUGCUUGUACUGCAUGUUUGUGGCAGUAAUGGCAUUCUUUGCUAAAGUGUCAGAUCCAGCUGUUGGUGGUACUUACAUGACGUUGUUAAACACAGUAUCAAAUUUGGGUACCAAUUGGCCUAACACACUUGCACUCUGGGCUAUAGACCAUUUAACUUAUAAGACAUGCAAUGCACCUCAACUUACUGAUAACACAUGUGCUACACAAUUAGAAACUGAUGUCUGCAAGGCUAAUGGUGGUUCAUGUGACACAAAAAUUGACGGUUUCUACAUAGAAGUUGUUAUAUGUGUUGUGGCCGGCUUUCUCUGGCUGCAAUGGGGAAGAAAAACCAUCAGUCGGUUACAAAGAUUGCCAGCCUCGGCUUGGCAAAUUGGUCACAACAGAUAAGACUGAAUUGUAUUACUGAUUAUGUAAUAUUAUUUGUAAUUAGUAUAAGCACAAAACCGAAAUUUCUAAGACCUCUUAAACAUCAUACAAGAUCCUUAAAGUGGAUUCUUUUGUAUACAAUUUCUCAUUCCAAGGUUAGUAAUAAAUGAAUUUAAAGUAAAUAUAA